CAACAGUUUAAACAACAUGAAAACCCUGCCAGAAGGUCAAGGUCGUCUUCUGUGCCGCGAAACAAAAAUAAAAUGUGACAACCACCCCCGUCUCAAAUCACAAUCACUAUCACAAUCGCCCUAUCAAACAUUUCCUAUCAGCCCUCUCAAAUUUCAAAAAGAUCCGAACUUUAUUUUUCCUUUCAAUUUUCUAAAACCCCCCGAUUCAAAUCUUCGCUGCAAAACCCUAAUUUUGUCGGGAAUUCUUGUUCUGUAGAUGGGUUUAAGAUUUCUCAAAGAAUGGGUGCUCUAGCAAGUAGUAGUAACCACAAAAGAGACCACCGAUAUACCAACGACAACCUAUUUUCAAAUUCUCCAGAUUUUCACAUAUCUAAAAAGCCCAGAUUCUCUACUUUGUAUCAAACUCCUGAAUACAACAACCAAACCCUAGGUUCCUCUAACAGUAUUGCCUCUAGAAUCUCUAGGUACCCAGAAUCAGCUACAAAGUUUCGCCGAGAGGUCCACGCCCCUUGUAGACCUCAGAAAUUUGGCUUGUCAAAGAAUAGAAGUGGUGAUUUUAGUGAAAAGAAGAGAACUUUUGGUAGUGGUGGUGGCGAUUUAAUGUGGAAGUUUUUGAGUAAAAAGUUGGGUCAUGCGAAACAAAGCGCGUUUGGUGCGAUUAGGUAUUUGGUUAAAGAGAAAGAAGUGGUUGAUGUUGAUAAUGAGAGUGAGAAGAUUGAGCAAGAACUUGUGUCUGAGGAUUCUAGUAUUGAAGAAGUCGAGGUCAUUGAAGAGGAUGGAAUAGAGGGAGGGUCCACGGUUUUGGACCAGAGGUUGGGAAGUGGGGAUGUUAAGAUUUUGGAGGAGAGAUCAGUGGUUACUAUUGAUGGGGAUUUAGGGGUGGAGGAUGCAGGGAAGAUGCUGGGUUCAUUGGCAUUGAAUAAUGAAGUUGAAGUUUUGGGUGUUGAGGCUUACAAGAAGUUGUUGAAGAAUACAGAGAGGAGGAACAGGAAGUUGACAUCUUUGGAAUUUGAGAUUGAGUACAAUGAGAAAAGGUGGGGUUCGCUUAAGGCCUUGCGGCCUGUGAAGAAGGAACCUGUAGAGGAGAUACCUCGUGAGCCUUUUAUCCCUCUCACACCUGAGGAAGAAGCCGAGGUUAAGCGAGCAUUUUUUCCCAACAAUAGGAGGAGGGUCUUGGUCAGUCACGAUAAUUCCAAUAUUGAUAUUACUGGAGAAACUUUGCGCUGCCUUGCACCAGGAACAUGGUUGAAUGACGAGGUGAUGUUUUUGGAUUAUAGUUUUUUCUAUAGUUCUAUUUUUUUUUUUGAAGCUCUGAAUGGUAUCCUAAAUGUUUAUGUCCAGUUAACAGGUGGAGGUAAGGGUGGCUUUGAUUAUAGAGCUGUCAAAAGAUGGACGACGGAAAAAAAGUUGGGAUAUUUCUUGAUUGACUGUGACAAAAUAUUUGUCCCUGUUCACCAAGAGAUACAUUGGUGUUUGGCAAUCAUUAAUAAUAAGGAUCACAAGUUCCAAUAUCUCGAUUCACUCAAAGGAAAGGACAUCAGAGUUCUUGAAAGUUUGGCUAAAUACUAUGCUGAAGAAGUGAAAGACAAGAGUAAGAAAGACAUUGACGUAAGUAAUUGGGAGCGUGAAUUUGUUGAAGACCUUCCUGAACAGCAGAACGGGUAUGACUGUGGUGUGUUUAUGAUCAAAUAUGCUGAUUUUUCUAGCAGAGGUGUAGGACUGUGUUUUGGCCAGGAGCACAUGCCCUAUUUUCGGUUGAGGACAGCCAAGGAAAUUCUGAGACUGAAAGCUGACUGAUUGAAAGUGUAAACGUGCUACUCAAUAUCCAUUAUUUUGUAUUAGUGAUUCUGCAGGCAGCAGAUCUGCCUUGCUUGUGAAUAGAGGGUGUCCUUGGGCCUCCGUCCAGGUGUCAAUGUGGUAGCAAAGCAAGGCAAGCAGUUCAAGGUUGCCCUGUUGGCUUGAGGGGUUAAAGGAUUAUUCCUUGUGCAAUGAUGCAAACCAAUGUUGACACUGAACAAGGCAGGACCUGUGGCUGGUUAUUUACUCUACCCGUUUGAUUCAUUCAGCCUAGUAGUUAUUGUAGCCAUCCCUUGGUGGGUUCAUAAUUGUAAUGAUAGAAGUCCUGCUUUGGGGGGGAAGAGAUGCAUGGUCAGGCUUUUUGGCUUCUGUGUUCUUUUGGGAAAACUGGUCACUUUCCUGGUUUUGCUACCUUGCUCUAUUUGGUUUCUUUGCGUACAUAACAGGCAGUGAUUGCCUGUAGUUACUGGGUAUUCUUUUGCUGUUCUGGGUGUGUGGGCGUGUAAAUUCCCUCAGUUAACGCAUGAUCUGAGACUUCUGAUGUUUCACAUAUUGCUCCGAGGUUUCUUUUCUUGUAAACGCUUAAAAGCAUAUAGUGGAAUAGGAAGAAGAGUAAUUGCAGGAGAACAA